CUCCACCCUUUUAGGGUUUCCAUUUUAACCGCUUUGUGAAGGGGGAUUUCGCAGAAGCCAAGCAAACAUGGUUGUGAAUACGUCCAAGAGGGAGAAGAAAGAGAAGUACGACCAGAAACUGUGUCGUCUCCUCGAUGAGUACUCUCAGGUCUUGAUCGUGGCUGCUGACAAUGUCGGCUCCACCCAGAUGCAGAACAUCAGGAAAGGUUUGAGGGGUGAGUCCGUCGUCCUUAUGGGAAAGAAUACUAUGAUGAAGAGGUCCAUCAGGCUUCAUGCUGAAAACACUAACAAUGAAGCCAUCAGAAACCUCAUUCCUUUGCUUGUGGGGAAUGUGGGGUUGAUUUUUACCAAGGGUGAUCUGAAGGAAGUUCGUGAAGAAGUUGCUAAAUACAAGGUUGGGGCUCCAGCGCGUGUGGGUCUUAUUGCUCCGAUUGAUGUCGUUGUGCCCCCUGGAAACACUGGCCUUGAUCCUUCUCAAACUUCCUUCUUUCAGGUGCUUAACAUUCCGACCAAGAUCAACAAAGGUACAGUGGAAAUUAUCACCCCUGUGGAGCUGAUUAAGAAGGGUGACAAGGUUGGCUCAUCUGAGGCUGCCCUUCUGUCUAAGCUUGGGAUAAGACCAUUUUCCUAUGGUCUCGUUGUCCUGUCUGUUUAUGACAGUGGAUCAGUCUUCAGCCCCGAGGUGCUUGACCUAACUGAAGAUGAUCUUGUCGAGAAGUUUGCUAAUGGGGUGUCCAUGGCUGCUUCCCUUUCACUGGCUAUUUCAUACCCAACUCUCGCUGCUGCACCUCAUAUGUUUGUGAAUGCCUACAAGAAUGCUCUUGCUGUUGCUGUGGCUUCAGACUAUUCUUUCCCUCAGGCUGAGAAAGUCAAAGAAUACCUGAAGGAUCCGAGCAAGUUUGCAGUUGCUGUUGCUGCAGCUGCUCCAGCUUCCGGUGCUGCCAAUCAAGAGAAGGUAGAGGAGCGCGAGGAGCCCAAAGAACUCGUAGAGGAGUCGGAAGAAGAGGACCUGGUUGCUGGUCUUUUUGACUAAGUAAUAAAUAUUAGUAGGUUGAUUUAAAUUACUUCGCAGUUAAAGAACUAGAUCUUGGAUCAGUGCAGGAAUUUUUUAUUCACAUGAUGAUACUAUGUUGGAUGAUAUUGUUUCCCUUGUUCCACAAUUCAGCUUUUGAAACUUUUAGUACACUAUAGCUUUCAGUUUGUUGAUGUACUAUAGCUUUUGAAAUCCUCCCAUGGGGAGGUACUACUUGCCAAGAAUGAAAGAGGAUAAAAGACAAACAUUUCGAUGUCCUGCCAGCACUUGUUCAGGAGAAGCCAUUUUAUUCCUUGUUUUCCUUUCCACUCUAGCAGUAUAUUCUCUUCCUUUUAAUCUCUUUUUCUCCUCUCCAGGAAAUCCCACAGGCACGGACAAACUAAAACAGAGAAACAUUCUUGCAUAUGGGUUCAUAGUUUAAGCCAUGUCAUCUUGAGGGUUGAGUUUUUGAUGAAGGUGGAGUGUUAGGAGUUGAGGUAUAUCCGAAUCAAAUGCUGAUAAGUUGAGCACUUGAUUUUGCUCUAAGCGUGUAUACAUGCAUGGGAUGCUCCGUGUGCCACCGUCUACGUUUCAUAUGAAAUUACAUUCGGUAAAGCAAGGUUCUAAUCCCCAAUACAGCACGAAUGUCACGUGCAUAUACACACAAAUAGACAAGGGUGCAGUAGGCAAGCCCACCCAAUAUUCUCCCCACCUACAUUAGUAAAGAUUUACUCCUCAUAUUUCUGAUAAUAUCCUACAUAAAAAAUUAAGUAAAUUUUGAAGUCAAGAAAUUAUAUUUUUUAUUUAAAAAAUAUUUAUUGAGUGAAA